AUGCUGCUGGACUUGUUGAAGAUUUACUAUCAUUAUUUAAAUACUGUUAGCCAAUUAUGUAAAGAUGCUAAAGAAUAUUGUUUAAAAUUAUUUAACUAUCUUAAGUUGAAUUUAGAAUGGAUUGAAUCACAGGUCAUUUCAAACCCUCCAACAGAUUUAUAUUGGCGCCAUGUUAAUUUAACAUAUACCCAACUUACUGGAAUUCAAGAUGGUUAUGGCCCAGAAAAACCAUUUUAUUUUUCAAGAGUUAGAUUUGCAAUUACUCCAAUUUUAAAAAUACAAAUGGCUGGAGAUUUUUUUGAUUUGGAUAGAGUUUUUAAAAAACCUAAAACUAAUUAUUCUUCAAAUAAUCAUUGCUCUGGAUUUGUUAAAGUACUUGAAGGAAAUAAAGACAUAUUAAUAUCUCAUGUAACCAUGCUUGGAUAUAAAUCUAUGAAUAGAAUGUUAAAAUUAUAUAAAUUGGCUUAUGAUCCAAAAGAAGUACCGGGACAUACAAUUUCAAUUUCUAGCUAUCCAGGUUCAGUAACUUCUCAAGACGAUUUUUCAUUGACAAGUGGUGGAUUGGGAAUUUUAGAGACAACAAUUACCCUUUCAGACGAAUCUAUUUAUUCGAAUAUAAACCCAAUUGGCCAACUUAGUUGUUGGCUUCGUUCUUUUAUUGCUAAUCAAUUGGCAAAAACUUCACAUGAAUGGGUCCUGGACUAUAAAUUAUUUAAACCUGGAGAAGAAUUACCUAAAAAUGAUUUGUUUUGGAUUCUUGAACAAAUACCUGGUACAACAGUAAGCAGAGAUAUGACUUGGUUCUUAAGGAAAUAUAAUUAUUGGCCAUCAUAUAAUAUUCCAUUUUUAAAGAAAAUUUCUGAUUUGGGUGGAUUUACUGAAAAAGCAAAUAUUAAUAAUUGGUGGCGUUGGGGUUAUUCACCUAGAGCUAAAAUAUUUCAAAGAGAUCAUAAUAAAGUUAAAGAUAUGGAAACAUUAAGGGAAUUAAUGAGAUAUAAUGAUUACAAACACGAUGAAUAUUCAAAAUGUAAAUGUGACCCACCAUACACAGCAGAUGGAGGUAUAUCUACAAGAAGUGAUCUAAAUCCUUUGAAUGGAACUUGGGAAUUACCAGAUAUGGGGUUUAAAAAUGAAGGAACUAUCGACUAUAAAGGAACUAAUUAUAAACUUUUUAAUAAAUUUCAAUUUGAAGUAAUUGGAGGUCCAAUUCAUGGAGGUCCAAGUAAUUUACCUCCUUUUAAUUGGAAAAAUACAACAAUUGAUGCUUUACAUUAUGGCCAACCAAUUAUUUGGAAAUUUAAAAAUUUUACAAUUGAAUGGCAAACAGAACUUGAAUAGAUUAUUAUUUAAUUAAUUUUAUUUAUUUUUUUAUUUUAAAUUAUUAACAAGAUUUUAAUUUAAACAAAAUUUUUUAAUUCUCGACCAUUCGAACAUAAAUUUUGAAAUAAAAUCUAAGAAAUAUGUUAAUUGUUGCCAGGCUGAUUUUUUAAAAACACUAAAAUAUAGGAUGCAACCACUCAAAACUGGCAAAAAUUGUGCAAUAUUCUAACCUUUUAUAAACAAUUAGAAUUUCAAAUAAAAAACUUUAUUAUGCAUAUUUUUCACCAGUUUUUCUUACCGUCUUUCUCAACCUUGGAUAAUUAUAAUUUAAUUAGUUAGUUAUUAAAUUUUUAAAUGUUUUGACAAACAAUACUCAGACUUUACCCUCUCUCCUCAUGUUUAUCCUCCUCUCCUCCUCCUCCUCUCCUCAUGUUUAUCCCCCCUUGUCACUUGAUUGCUUGAUUGAGAAAAGAUUUUUUAAAUUGAUUUAUGUAUCCACGUCUUCCUUUAAAUUAUCGCUAAAAUUGAUUUCUUAUUUAUUUACAUCCAUUAAUUUAUUUC